GUUGAUGUUGACACCCCAAACAGAGGGGCCGUGAGCUCCAGCCGGAUAAGGACCGGGUGCCCUUCCCGGAAUCCACAGAAGAAUCCACAGAAGGCACCUGACCGGACGCCAUGGCCAGCCAGUCCCAGGGCAUCCACCAGCUGCUCCAGGCGGAGAAGCGGGCCAAGGAGAAGCUGGAGGAGGCCAAGAAGCGAAAAGCCAAGCGCAUCCGGCAGGCGAAGGAGGAGGCCCUGGCGGAGGCGGACCAGUACCGGCUGCGGAGGGACAGGGAGUUCCGGGGGAAGGAGUCCAAGGCCCUGGGCUCGCAGAGCAGCCUGGCGGAGGAGGCGGAGGCGCAGGCGCGGGCCAGCAUCGCGGAGCUGACCGGGAGCUACGGCCGCUGCGCCGAGGCCGUGCUGGCCCGGCUGCUGGGCACGGUGUGCGCGGUGGAGCCGAGGGUGCACCUCAACUUCAGGGCCAGCGACUGAGGCCGGACGCCGGUCCCCGCACAGCAU